AGCCAGCUCCAUCUAUGCUGCUUCGUCCACCCCUGUCGGUUUCCAUCAUUUACUUCGACUUUUAGCUCCGCCUUCCUUCCACCGCUUUCCCUUUCGCUUUCGCUUUCGGGCUUGAGCGAGAGAAGAACCCUAAACCCGGAGAAGGGAGGCAAGCGGACGAGAGUUCAGGAGAUAGUCGGAAGAGAGAGCGUUGCGAAGCGAACGGAUCGGGAUCCGCCAUGGCGUCGCAGAAGGAGCGGGAGAACUUCGUUUACGUCGCCAAGCUGGCCGAGCAGGCGGAGAGAUAUGAGGAGAUGGUGGAUGCGAUGAAGAAGGUUGCGAAGCUCGAUGUUGAAUUGACGGUCGAGGAGCGGAAUCUUCUCUCGGUUGGGUACAAGAACGUGAUCGGGGCGAGGAGGGCGUCUUGGAGGAUUCUGUCCUCGAUUGAACAGAAGGAGGAGGCUAAGGGGAACGAGCAUCACGUGAAGAAGAUUAGGGAAUAUCGACAGAAGGUGGAGCUUGAGCUCUCGAAUAUCUGCAGUGACAUCAUGACGGUGAUUGAUGAGCACCUCAUUCCUGCAUCUUCUGCUGGGGAGUCAUCCGUGUUUUACUAUAAGAUGAAGGGUGAUUACUAUCGGUAUCUGGCGGAGUUCAAGGCUGGAAGCGAUAGGAAGGAGGUGGCUGAACAGUCGCUGAAAGCUUAUCAGACAGCUUCUAGUACAGCUGAGGCAGAUUUGUCUCCUACUCAUCCAAUUAGAUUGGGUUUGGCAUUAAACUUCUCUGUUUUCUAUUAUGAAAUUAUGAACUCACCUGAAAGGGCUUGCCAUCUAGCUAAACAAGCCUUUGAUGAAGCUAUUUCUGAGCUUGACACCUUGAGUGAAGAAUCUUACAAAGAUAGCACUUUAAUUAUGCAACUUUUGAGGGAUAACCUGACGUUGUGGACUUCCGACAUUCCUGAAGAUGGAGGUGACGAAUCUAUGAAAGACGGUGCCACAAGAGCUGCUCUGGGUGAAGAUGCAGAGUGAAUUAAUUAGGGACAACUAGAAGCUCUUCUGGAGUACAAAACCCCACAAGGGUUUGAUUUCUGAAGCCUUGUUCUCACUCCUGUUGUCUUCAUUGAGAUUUAUGAAUGCAUAUUAAGUUUUUAUCAGCCCGACUGUUAAAACAAGCAUCUUCUCUUUCGGCAUUUGCUCUGUUUUGAGGAUCAUUUUUUUCAUCUUCAAUCGUUUUCAGUCCGUCUUUAGUUCUGUUUUGCUGUUGCUAUUUAGACGUCAGCUCUAUUAAUGCAUUAAUUAUGUUUAGCAA